AUGGUUCGUAUGUCCAUCGAGCUGCUCGGGGAUGCCCCACAGUAUGUAAAUACAACCAAAGAUCGGGAGUUGAAUCUUCGUUCGUACAAAAUCCCCGUCAUCGAGAAUAUGGGAGUUACCCGGGACCAAUUCGACACCCUCGAUCUCACGGAUAAUGACAUCAAAAAGCUUGAGAAUUUUCCGCUGCUCAAACGAGUUUCUACCAUAUACGCGCACAACAACCGAAUUCAUUAUAUUCAGCCUGAUAUUGGCAAGUCGUUGCCGAAUCUGAAAAGGUUGAUGCUGACAAACAACAACAUUGGCGAGCUGGGCGAUUUGGACCCAUUGGCUAAAUGCGAGAAGCUCGAAUAUAUUUCGCUUUCUGGCAACCCGAUCACGCACAAGGAUCACUAUAGGCUGUAUGUAAUUUUCCGAAUCCCCACCGUCCGCGUCUUGGACUUCCAGCGGGUAAAGCUGAAGGAACGCGAGGAAGCUAAGAAAAUGUUCAAGGGCAAGAAGAACCGGAAAUUGCUUCAAGAGGUCGGUCGGAAAAGCGAGUUCGUCCCUGAAGCCGACAACAAGGAGAAUGAAGAGGAAGAUGAGGACGUUGGGACGGCCACGGGAGGACAAAAGGCCAUCACCGACGAGGAUCGAGAAAAGAUUCGGGAAGCCAUUCGCAACGCGAAGUCCUUGCAAGAAGCCGAAUACCUCCAGAGUGUCCUUGAUUCCGGCCGGAUUCCGGAGAAGGGCUGGAAUAUGGGUCUCGAACUGGCCAAGAUGCAGUUUGCCCAACAAGAAAGCGCACAGAAUGGCGAUGGAUUCCAACCUGAAAACGAAGAGGCCAUGGAUCAG